AUGGGUGUGAAUGACCUGUGGCAAAUUUUGGAGCCUGUUAAGCAACAUACCCACUUAUAUAGUCUUAGUGGAAAAACCAUUGCAGUUGAUCUGAGUCUCUGGGUGUGUGAGGCACAAGCAGUCAAAAAAAUGAUUGGAACGGUCUUGAAGCCUCACCUCAGGAAUUUAUUUUUUCGCAUCUCUUUUUUAACACUAAUGGAUGUAAAACUGAUAUUUGUUAUGGAAGGAGAGCCCCCAAAGCUGAAAGCUGAUGUCAUAAGCAAGAGGAAUCAGAUUCGUUAUGGGCCUUCUGGAAAAACGGCAUCUCAGAAAACAGGGAGGUCACACUUUAAAUCAGUCUUAAGAGAGUGCCUUGAUAUGCUACAGUGCUUAGGCAUUCCAUGGGUUCAAGCUGCUGGGGAAGCUGAAGCUAUGUGUGCUUACCUGAAUGCUAAUGGUUAUGUAGAUGGCUGCCUCACCAAUGAUGGAGAUGCUUUCCUUUAUGGGGCACAGACUGUUUACAGGAAUUUCACUAUGAAUACAAAGGACCCACAUGUUGAGUGUUACACAAUGUCAUCUAUCAAGAGUAAAUUGGGUUUGGAUAGAGAUGCAUUGGUUGGGCUAUCAAUACUACUUGGCUGUGAUUAUCUUCCAAAGGGAGUCCCAGGAGUUGGGAAAGAGCAAGCUUUAAAACUUAUACAAGCUUUGAAAGGGCAAAGUUUACUUCAAAGAUUUAAUCAGUGGAAUGAAGAAUCUUGCUGCUCUGAUACACAAGCACAAGUUGUUAAAAAGCUACCACAUUGCUCUGUAUGUUCCCAUCCAGGUUCAUCUAAGGAUCAUGAACGUAAUGGAUGCAAAUUAUGUAAAAGUAGUAAAUAUUGUGAACCACAUGAUUAUGAGUACUGCUGUCCAUGCGAGUGGCACCUUAUAGAACGGGGUAGACAACUAAAUGCAGUAGAAAACAGCAUUAAGAAAAAAGCUUGCAGUUGUGAGGGAUUCCCAUUCCCUGAGGUUACUCAAGAAUUCCUUUUAAGCAAGGAUAAAUUGCCGAAGGUUAUCAGGUUCCAAAGACCUGAUUUAUUAUUGUUUCAGAGAUUCACCUCUGAAAAAAUGGAGUGGCCUAAUCACUAUGCAUGUGAGAAAUUAUUGGUGCUUAUGACCCACUAUGACAUGAUAGAAAGAAAAUUUGGUAGAAGGAACUCUUGUCAACUACAGCCAAUUCGAAUUGUUAAGACCCGAAUCAGAAAUGGAAUUCAUUGCUUUGAAGUAGAAUGGGGAAAGCCUGAACAUUAUGCUAUAGAAGAUAAACAGCAUGGAGAAUUGGUUCUCCAAACAAUAGAAGAAAAAUUAUUGUUUGAAGCAGCCUAUCCUGAGAUUGUUGCUGUUUACCAAAAACAAAAGUUAGGAAUUAAAGGAAAAAUACAAAAAAGUAUGAAACUAAAGCCUAAAGAAAACUAUUUACCUGAAUCAGAUGAUACACGUUUUCAGUCACACAUAAAUUUAAAACCUGUAUGUGUAACUUUUCCUAAGCAGAGUUCUAAAUUAUAUUUGGAAUUUUCUCCAGAUUCUAAGCUGCCCCAAGAAUAUAUUUCUCAGUCACCAAAUAGCUUUCUUUUACCUGAAGAUGCUUCCUGUUUAGAUAUACAAGAUAAGUUAAUGUCUUCUCCAAGACCUUUGGUAGUACAUGAAGUUAAAAAUGUCAGUAACUUUUUAACUUCAGAAGCUAGUCAGCCAAACCACUUCUCCCAUAACAUAUCUGUGAUUGAUGAUCUACACUUGAGCACCAUUGACUGGGAAAGUACUUCUUUUAGUAAUUCUCCAGCUCCUCAAAAGAAUGUUAUCUCUCAUAAUCUAAAAUCAGAACUUGAAAUAACCAUCCCCAACAGCGUUGAAAAUAUCUCAGAACAAUUGUCAUGUGAAUCUGAAUGGUACACCACAAACAUCAAUAAAGUAGCAGAUGAGGAUCUUCAAAAGACUAGUCCUGGAGAACAUCUACUGUCUGGCAUUACUGAUUUACAUAUUCAAGAUUUGCCAUUAAAGGAACGAGUCCGUAUAAAAUCAUCAUAUCCUCAGGAUAAAGUACAACCAAAUAUUGGUCUAAAAACUUUGUCCCUACUUAAGGUGAAAGAGCCAUGCGUUGCUAACAGCAGUUUUGUUUGUCCAUCACAUUUUUCAAAGAAUCUUCUAAAAAUUAAUUCACAGAAUGGAUCCAGAAACUCUGAAGUAUUAAAAGAAGACCAGCUGCGUCAAGAAAAUGAGAAAAUAAAUACCGUUUUAAAUCAUGGUAGAAAAGCUAAUAUCCAAACCACUCAGAAAAUUGUGAUGAAGAGUGUUUGCCCUGACAGACAUUCCUCUGAUGAAGAAAGUGACUCAGUGUUUGAGAAAUCUAAAUAUACGUUUCAAAAAAUGAAGUCGUGUUCUCAGAAACAAAACCCAACCCAACUCAAGAGAACUGACCCUAAUAAAGUGAGUAACCAAAAAUUACAUAUUAAAGAAACUGAACAGUAUGUCCAAGUUUAUAAAAUAUCUGGAAAUGAAGUAAACUAUUCUGUAGACCCAGCACAAAGUUCUCAGCAUUUCCUACAAUGUCCUAAGGACAAAGAAGACCUUGAUACUUGUUUGGAUAGUCCUCUUCCUUUAUGUCAGAGAUUAAAACUAAGGUUCCAAAGCACUUGUAGUUUAAAAUAA